AUGCAGGCGUCGCUGGCGCGUUUCUCCCUUUCCCGCCUGCCGCCAAGCGUGGCGAGGGCGGCGCUGGGAGCAGCGUGGGUGGCGGGAUGGGCGGGGCUGUGCGCGUGGGUGGUGUGGUUCGCGCACUCGCAGGCCGCCAAUCCACGGGAGGAGGCGAUGCGAGCGUGGUGUCGCACGCGCGUGCGAUACCUCCAGCAGGACAUCCUAUCGUCCGUCUCCCGCGCGCAGCAGCAGCAACAUACCCACACCCCCCUUUCACCCCUUCCUCCCUAUCUCCCGACCCGCCUCACUGUGCAGGAGGCAAUCGGGCUGAUAAGCGCCCUGGGACACUUUGGGCCGCGCAGCAGCAGCAACUUGAGCUACUGGGGGCUGGCGGGGUGCGUGAACAUUAAGUCCAUGGCGGACUAUAACCUCCACGCGGAUGAAAUAGGCAACUUCAGCACUGGCACUGUCAUCAUGGUCGUCAGCGACCGAGACAGGCCCCUUGUGGAGAGAAUGAUAGGCCAUCCAAUCCAGUCAGUGCUGGGCCUGCCCGCCCCAAGGAAGGAUCUGUACGGAGUGAACGUGUAUGGCAGCAUCAACCCCACCUUUCCCGUGCAGCCCUUCACCGACUUCUUCCCUCUCAUCCCUCCGGAUCUCCUCACCAACCUGCUAAGGGGGCAGACCAUUGCCGGCGCGCCGCUCUCCGCUGGGCCCGGAUACGUGGCUAUAGUGUUUGUGGUUCCCAUCUUCCGCCAUCCUGUGCCAGCCAGUGCAUCUCUGCAAGAAAUCAAAAACAGCAUCGGCAUUGCGUGGGCCGGCGUGGUUCAUCUGGAAUGGAGGGCGCGGGAAUUACUGCGCAUGCUUGAAAAUGGCACCAGCACAUACUCAUUUGCCAUGUACGACAACACAGAACCAGGCGUACUGAAGCAGAUAUACGGCCCAGACGCGCCACGAUUGGAAAGCGGUUCUGCCUUCCCCUUUGUCCUGCCCACGACUACGGUUGCGCCACCCGAGCAUGUGGAGCCUUUCCCCGAGAACAUGAUGGGACGCACAUUCGAAGCACACUGCGGGUUCCAGGUUCCCCCGCCUACUUGGGACCUCGUGUAUGCUCCCAUGCUGCUGGGCCUGCUGGUGCUACUAGUGGCAGUGCUGCUGUCCAUCAUGAUCGCAGUGCUGGCUUGGAAAAGGAGAAAUAUAGAGGCGGAUGUGAAGGAGAUUCAGAUAUGCACGGCCAUCUUGGAGCGAGCUGAGCGGUCCAAGAGUGAGGCGGUGGCCAACGUCUCUCAUGAGCUGCGCACCCCAAUCAUUGGCAUGAUGGGUGAGAAAGAGCAUGUUUUGAGAAUACAUGCUUGCAUUGCACCAGUUGCUAUUGUCCUCUUUUGGAAUGCAUACUCCUUAUCCCCCAUAGGCAUGAUAGAGGAAUUGUUGGAGUCAUCGUUGGAGGAGUGGCAGCGGGCAGACCUGGUGGAUGCGAGGGUGUGUGCGGGCGAGACAGUGGAGCUUAUCAACCGAGUGUUGGACCUCGCCAAGCUGCAGGCCGGCCGGCUGCAGCUCGAGACUCUCCCCUGCUGCCUGCGCCGCAUCGUUCGUGAGGCAACUGCAUUUGCGCCAGGCAAAAAUAUACCAGUCACAUUCCAUGUGGAUGACAAUGUUCCGGAAACUCUACUCGGCGAUCCAACUCGGCUCUUGCAAGUCAUGGCAGAAAUUGUCGCGAGUGCCAUGAACAAUACGGCAACAGGCCACAUAACCAUCCACCUCUGGUGCAUCCCUCCUCCACACGUCACCACCACGCCACCUCCACCCGCUGCUGCCUCAGGCGCCAAGCAAGCCUCCUCUGAGGCGCCCCCAGCGACCUCAGCUCGGCAUCAGCUGGCCGGCUGUGUGCGGCGCUUCCCUCCUCCCACCCGCCUGCUCUGCCACCCUCAGCGGCCCCCAGCCAGCCAAAGGGGGCCCGUGGGCAACGGCGGUGGGCAGGCGUGCUGCAGAGACGGUGUAGGCAGUGCAGAUGACAGGCAAGGGGAGAGUGGACGGUUGGAGGAGGAGGUGAGGGAGUGGGUGGAAGGGGCGUGUGCGGUGAGGGAGGAGGGCGAGUGGAUGGUGGUGGUGGCGUGUGAAGACACGGGCGGUGGUAUUCCACCCGAGGAGCUGUGGGGGUUGCUGGACCCACAUGGCACGCAUGGCAGCGGGCAACAUAAAGUCAUGGAGAGAAUACGGUCGCUGGGGAGGGCAGAGUCAUGGAAGGGGCUGGGGAGGACAGACUCAAAGAAGGGCCUGGGGAGGUUGUCAUCGUGGCGACAAAGGGAGCGCAGCACGUGGGAUCCGUUGCAGCGCGAUCGCAAGGCAGCUGCUGGCCCCCGCUGGACGCCCUACCCUGUUCGCUUCCUGCUCUCCACCUCCCUUGUGGCGGAGAUGCGGGGGGGCAUGGCAGUGCUGUCAGACGCCGCCACAGGCACCACCAUUCUGCUGGCGCUGCCCAUGGGGGAACAGAAGGACUCCAGCAGCACGGAAGAUGAGGAGCGGAGCAGGGAGGAAUGCGGCGAGUCAGAAGGGGCUAGUGAGGAGCGUUUGGAGCGGCGGAGCGGAUCGCAGGAAGGCAUGGAAGGGCCAGCCAAGGGUGCCACUGCGCAACCAGCAGCACCACAGCAGCGGCAGGCAGCAGGGGCACGAGCGCUGGUGCAUGCGCACACGUUUCCGCAAUCGGAGGUGGAGGAGGCCGGGGCGGGAGUGGAUGGUGCGAGGGAGGCGGAGCGGGUGGUGCGGGGGGUGGUGGCGGGGCGGGGGGUGGCGGUGGUGGAUGACAACGCGGUGAACCGCAUGGUGGCAAGGAGAACGCUGCAGGGCUACGGGGCGCACGUGCUGCUGCUGUGCUCCGGAGAGGACGCGCUGCAAGCGCUCUCCUCUGCUCACCUCUCCUUGCCUCAAGAGGCGCUCUCCUCUGCCACGCCCUCCCCGCCCAUCCACCUGCUGCUCCUCGACCUCCACAUGCCGCCCGGCAUGGACGGGUCCGUCCCUUGCUCCGCCUCUCACCUCUUCUCUGUGCUGCAACCUGUUUGCAUUCUGCACACCCGGACAAUUGCGUACUGCAUAUGUUGUGGCUGUGCUUUUCUGCGCACGUUUGUGUUUACAUCUUCAUUUACUCCUUUUGUUGCCACUAUUGGGCCGUUGGGUUCAUCAGAUUUGAAACGGCUCGUCAACUGCGAGCCAUGGAAGACGCACAGCAGAAGAAGGUUAAAGCGACUGCGGAAAUUUGUGAAUUAG